UGGCCCGAGAUCAAGUCCAUGUAGCGGCGGUCCAAACCCUCGCUCGGGAGGAGGAAGCAAUGGCCAGUCGGGCCUCUAACAUUAGCACGGCAGCCCGGAGGCGAUCUUCAGUCCAGCCAAAAUAAGGGUGCCUCCAGAUAUGGCCGGAGAAAGUGGGGGGACCGAAUUGGGGGCGGCGUCGGACGAACUCGAGGUUUGACGGGCGAAAACGCAACUACGGCCGAAAACGGCUGAGGGUCACGCUGCGGCUCGUCGUGUAUUAUCUUGGACAGAGAUCAUUGCUCGACGGAUUUUGGGAUUUUGUCAAGAGCUUGGGCGCGUGAUGCGAAUUCGGAGAGUGGAUUGAUCUUCAUCUCGAGGCACUGAAGGUUUGAAGAAAGGCUGCGGCCAUGGAUGCGACCGUCAGUGGACUCAAGUCCCUCGUACUGGAUAGUAACACCGAGGGCGGGUCACGAGGAUCCGGACUCCAGACCCGGGUAAAGAGAGAGAUCAGAGUUCCUAUCCCUGGGAAGAGGAAUGUCAUGGUAACUAGUGCACUGCCUUAUGUCAACAACGUGCCGCAUUUGGGGAACAUCAUCGGGUGUGUGUUGUCCGCGGAUGUCUACGCCCGGUAUUGUCGUAUUCGAGGUUACAAUGUCAUUUACAUGUGUGGAACUGAUGAGUAUGGCACGGCGACUGAGACGAAGGCCAUGGAAGAAGGAAUAUCUCCCAAGGAAAUUUGCGACAAAUACCACGCGAUUCACAAGGAGAUAUAUGAAUGGUUUGAUAUCGAUUUCGACAUGUUCGGUCGGACUUCAACCCCUGAACAGACAGUGAUUUGUCAAGCCAUUUUUCAAAAGUUGCUAGAAAAAGACCGCCUUCUGGAAGACAAGAUGGAACAGCCAUACUGCAACACCUGCCUGCGUUUCUUGGCGGACAGAUUUGUGGAGGGUAUUUGCCCCCACGCUACUUGUCGUUACGAGGAUGCAAGAGGUGAUCAGUGUGACAAGUGUGGCAAGCUCUUGAAUGCUGCCGACCUAAUAAACCCCCGUUGCAAGAGGUGCGGAAAUCCACCACAAAUUCGAGAGACAGAACAUAUGUUUUUGGAUCUUCCCCAGCUAAAAGACCGGCUGGAAGCAUAUGUCACCAACACAUCUGUUUCUGGGGGUUGGAGUCAAAACUCAGUGCAGACAACAAAUGCAUGGAUUAGAGACGGUCUAAAGCCUCGGUGCAUUACCCGAGAUCUCAAAUGGGGUGUCCCUGUCCCUCUUGAGAAGUACAAGGAAAAGGUGUUCUAUGUGUGGUUUGAUGCUCCUAUCGGAUACAUGUCAAUCACAGCAAACUAUACUUCUGAUUGGGAAAAGUGGUGGAAGUCUCCAGACGAUGUAGAACUUGUUCAGUUUAUGGGUAAAGACAACGUCCCUUUUCACACGGUGAUUUUUCCGUCCACCCUUCUUGGGACCGACGAUCCUUGGACGUUGAUGAAGACGAUUAGUGUCACGGAGUAUCUGAACUAUGAGUCAGGAAAAUUCUCUAAGAGUAGAGGAGUUGGUGUCUUUGGAAAUGAUGCGAAGACCACUGACAUUCCUGUCGAAGUCUGGCGAUACUACCUCCUGACGAACCGCCCGGAGAUGUCCGACACACUGUUUACCUGGGCAGAUCUGCAAGCCAAACAAAAUAAUGAGUUGCUCAAGAACUUGGGCAAUUUUGUCCACCGGUCUCUGUCCUUUCUUGUGAAGCCUGCAGGUGAAGGGUAUGCUGGAGUGAUCCCUGAAGCUCCUGGGGCCGAAUCACAUUCAUUAACAGUCACUCUUGGAGAGAAAGUGGGUGAGUUGGUGAAAGACUACGUUGAAGUUAUGGAGAAGGUGAAGUUGAAGCAAGGCUUGAGGAUCGCCAUGAAUGUGUCGAGCUUAGGAAAUUUAUAUCUCCAGGAUACCAAGUUCUGGAAAUUGUACAAAGAAGAUCCCCCGGCCUGUGCAAUAGUUUUGAGGACUUCCCUCGGAUUAGUGCAUCUUCUAGCAACCUUGUUGGAGCCUUUUAUGCCUUCAUUUUCACACAAGGUUUUGGCGCAAUUGAACCUUCCACCAUCAUCAUUAAGUCUGUCUGAUGAGAAGGGAGACUUGGAAAAAGCGUUCAAACCGUGGGAACUCGUGCCUGCGAAUCACCAUAUCGGUUCACCGACUCCGUUGUUUGCUGAGAUGAAAGACGAGGAGAUGGAAAGGUAUCGCGCAAAGUUUGCUGGGAGCCAAGCAGAUCGAGCCGCUGCAGACGCCACCGCAGCUGCGACUACGGGAACACCCGCAGUAAGUAAGGGAGAUACCAAAAAAAAUGUGAAGUCUUCGAAGGGAGGAGAAGCAAAGUCUAAGAAGAGUGCCACAGAGGUGAAGGAUGCACCUCCCGCCGCCCGACUGGACAUCAGAGUGGGAUUGAUAACCAAAGUUCAAAAGCAUCCAGACGCCGACUCUUUAUAUGUGGAGGAGAUUGAUGUAGGUGAAGCAGCUCCGAGGACGGUUGUUAGUGGGCUGGUGAAGUUCAUCCCUAUCGAGCAGAUGCAGGAUCGACGAGUUUGUGUUCUUUGUAAUCUCAAACCUGCAUCAAUGAGGGGUAUUAAAUCACAAGCCAUGGUGUUAGCUGCGUCGAACGCGGACCACACGAAGGUUGAGUUAGUGACUCCACCGGAGGGUGCUCAAAUUGGUGAGAGAGUUACGUUCCCUGGAUACGAAGGCGAGCCUGAUGAGGUUCUGAAUCCCAAGAAGAAGAUCUGGGAGACAGUGCAACCAGAGCUUGCCACAACGGAGGAGCUUGUGGCCGUAUACAAAGACGUGCCGUUCACCACCUCAACUGGGGUUUGUAAAGUGGCGUCAAUCACAAAAGGGUCGAUCAAGUAAUUUCGAUUGAAACUUCCGGAAGGUCUGUCGUUGACCUCUUCUGCUACCUGCAACCCUCGCUUUUCCCAGCUCCAUAAAACAUAUGCCUUCACGUGUUUCUGGUCAGCAGCUUGGGACUACCUCAGCCGGAAUUAAGGACCCGUAAUCAACGGGAGUCCUCGCUAGGUCUGCCCCAGCCCGCAAUAGUGAUAGAGUAGGAUAACAUUGGAGCAGAGUUCUUUAGAUGAUGGAGGAGAUUUUGGCAACCUUCGUUUCCGAGAUGGGCAAGAAUUGUUGAAACAUAUCUGUUCUUGGCAAGGCAGGCUUGCAGUUACUCAAGCUUUCAAGAUUAGUAAAAGUCAUUACAGUGUAAAUUAUUCGGCAGUUUUUUUAUCGGCAGUAUCUGGGUCCCUCACAAGGAACUUUAUGCUGGAAGUACAAACACAUCACUUGUGAGUACGGACAACUUUGUCUGUACAUUCUUUGGUGCCUUCCGUCUGGAGAGUAUGUAUUGAGUGAGGAUAUGUACGUCUGCCAGAAAUUUAUUGACCCGUAUUCUGCCAUGUAGUAUUGAGCAUAGCGAUUUUGUCAAGAGGUCUUUGUACAAGGGAAUAGCUUGAGCAGAGAGUACCGAAUGCAUGCAUAAUUUUUCUCUGCGGGCAUCUUUCUGUAAGGAUCAAGAGUUUUUGAUCUGUUUCAAUGUGAACAAUGGAAGACAUUGGCUACUCACCGAGUGCCAAAUUCGCAGUUGUUGACGAUAAUCAGAGCGCGGCUGUUGCUCCAUGGCGUAUUCGUGGUU